AUCGAUAGGCAGUAUUUAUCCAAUUCGAAAGGAAUUCGGUUCGAUUGUCCGAGAGAGUUCGACUAAAUUCGAGUUUUUGCUUUCGUUCGAGGCGAUAUUAAGACAGGAAAAAGCGGAAAAGGAUUCGAGAAUGGCCCACUUGGAGUACCGAUCGGAUCGCCGUGAGUCCGGAGUGGGAAUGGGUGGUGGCGAUGCGGACAACAGUGGCCUGGUGCGACGACCCACUGCGGUGGGGCAACGCCAGCGGAUUGAGCCGGCGGUGGAGCCACCGUCGGAACGUUCCCGUUCGCUGAGAGCCGCUGGCCAGGAUCAGGUGGCCCAUGCGACCGGGAGUUGCCAGGAGUCGCAGGUGGUGGCCACCUCCUCCUCAUCCACAGAUCCACGCAAGUCUCCGGGCCACGGGAAACCCAAUCAGCUGGUGCGCUUCUGCCUGCGCCUGGGCUAUAAUGCCCUCUUCUAUCCGUACGAGUUCGCCAAGGUGCUCAUCCAACUGGGACACGAGCCGCUCCAGGCGAAGCCCUUCCUGCUGCCGCUGAUCCACGGCAGACCACGCCUCUAUUUGCCGGGCGUGCACGAGUAUGUGCAGCACAUCCGCCGGAUCGAUGGCAACUGGGGGAUGUACCGUGGUCUUCCCGCUCGCUUGGCCGCCAGCACAGUGGACCAUCUCCUGGGCGACGUCCUGCUGGUCUUCCUGCGAUUCGGUCCCUAUAGGCGGGGGCCCCACGAGGAUCCCUGCCUGAAGGAGCUGCUGUGGAACCUCGCCAGGGACUCCAUUCGCAUGGCCACCGCUGUGGCGCUCUCGCAGCCAUUCUACGUGGUGAUGGUGCGCCAAAUAGCCCAGUUUGUGGGCAGGGAAACAACCUACGAGGGUCUCCUCGGCAGCUUGACAACCCUGGCGAACAGCGAAGGAGCAGCCGGACUCUUUGCCGGGCUCGUGCCUCGUCUCCUGGGCGAACUGAGUCUCCUGGUGGCCACCAGCUGCGUGAGCCACCUCUGCGAGCGACUCCUGCCGAUGAGCCGCACCCAGCGGCAGUACAACUCCGUGAUCAUCCAGAUGUUGGCCAGCCGGCUGGUUUAUCCGCUGGAGGUGACCGCCGCCUGCAUGGCAGUCACCGGAGCCCCGCUCUCCGCCUGCGAGCCGCCGAGCAUGCCGCUCUACAACCACUGGGCCGACUGCCUCUCGGAUCUCCAUGCCCGCGGUGGCCACAACCGAGGAGCCGUCCUCUUCUGGCGCACCGUUCCCAGGAUCCAGCUGCUGCGCCAAAAGGAGGCACUUCCCUCCAGGGCGGGACUGUAAUCUACCGAAGCUGCUGGAGACUGGUGAUUGGAUUCCAGAGAUAGCAUGUAAGGAUUGGGAGUAAACACGGGAGAGUGAAAAAAGACAAAAGAGUGGCGAACGACUAAAGAGGGAGGAAUGAAAGGGGUGAAGAAAGGAGAACAAGAACAAUAAUUUAAAGGAUGAAAAUGUGGAGGGCCAUAGGAAUCUAGAAGUGGAAGGGGGAGAAUGUGUAAAGUAAAGAGAAACCAAAAUCAAACUUAAACUAAAGAGAAAAGCAACCAGAAAGGAGAUCAACUGAAGAGAAAAUAAACUGAGGAGUAAAGCAACUGGAGAUUGAGACAACUGGAAAGUUAGAAAACUGGGGAGCAAGCAAAAUUUGAAGUGGAGAAAAAUGGAAGAAAGCCUUAACUGGAAUGGAGAUGAGAAGCCGGUUUUUUUUAAAUGUUAACAAGAUAAGUAGAGAAUGGAAAGGAGAAAAGGAGAGUGUAAUGUAGUCAGUGCAGUCAUUACUGGUCAACUUUAAAACUUUUGAUAAUUUCUCGCACGAAAAUUUGCUGUUACCUAACGAUUAUGUAAUCCUAGUAUGGUAUUUUUAAAUUGUGAUAUGAGAAUUUAAUGGGUAAUAAACAGUUUAAUAAUAUUUUAGAUGGCA